AUGAUAAAUAAUGAAUUAGAUGUCUUUGUAAAAAAAGCAUAUUAACACAAUUUAUUGGGUAAAAUGAUGUAAUAUAUCCUUCAAGCUCCUCUUAUGAAUAAAUUAAGAAUACGAACUUAAAUAGUAAGUAGAAUCAUACGUAAAGAUUAAAAUAAGAAAUUAAUAAGCAAUGCUGCAAAUACAAGUCAAAAUGAGAAAAUUUCGCAAUAAAAGUUUAGUGAUGAAGAUACAGAAAGGAGUAAUUCUAAACUUUUGAGCUCAUUUUUAUUACGUCAGGAAAGAAAAAAUACUCUAAGUCCUUCGAAAAUGGUUGGAGUUUUAUCCAAUUCUAAGGAAGAAAUGCCGUAGUAAUUCGCUGAUGUCUUUGGAGAGAUAAAUAGAAUUGAAGUUGAAUCUGAUAACAAGAAUAUCAGAAUAAAUAAAUAAUAACUAGCUACAUAUUUAUAAAGAUAUUAUCCUGACAUCAUAUGUGAAUAAAUAGUAAAAGUUUUGAAAAUUCCUCAAAUUCUAACUUUUAACUAAUAUUACACGUUGAUAAGAAAAAUCGAAAAUUUAGAUUUAAAAUAGUAAAUCCGUGUCUGUUUUCUCUUUUAUGAUUUAAAUAAUUAAGCAGAAAUAACUACCCAGAAUUUAGUUGAAUUAUUAAAGCAAAAUGCUAAUCCAUAAAUUGAGUUAGAUAUUCUCCACAUGAUUAAACAAACAAAGAUUUAGAUAUCAAAUCAGAUAAAUAAUGAUGUAAAAUAGAUCUUACCUUCCAUAUUGCCCCUCAGUGUUUUGAGAGUCUAACUAGAUCAGAGCGUGAUUCUAUCAUAUAGAAAAUAGUCAGUAGUAUCGAAUGACGGUAGAAAGGGACAAAAGGGAAAGGUUAGCUAGAGAAACUCCUUAGAUUUAAAUAUUGAAAUUGAUUAGGAUAGCACAAGUCAUUCUAGGAACACUCCUACAAGGAAGAAGGUUAUGCUGAUUACUCAAAUAAACAAAGAAGAAUAGAAACCUGAUGUACAAAAUUUAGUAUAGCAUAAAUCUGAAAGAAAGAAAAAUAAAAGCAAAUUAAUGAAGGAUGAAAAUAAAAAUAAAAAUAAAAUUAGUAUAGAUUUGAAUAAAUUUAUAAAUAUUUGGUAUCCUCAAAAACCUAAUUUAUUUAAUGACCUACUAAGAAAUUUAACUGCAAAACCAUGA